CUACUUCCCCCGAAAGUUUAGCUGCUAUUUGCAAUAGGAAACGAGCAAAAGAAAAGAUUUCAUCGCCGGAUUCCGAUCACUCGGACGCCGGUGUGUCAGAUUCCGGUCAGACAACCUUCUCCAAAAAAAGAAAAAGAAAAAACCGUCUCACCGUCUUUGAAAGUCCGAUCUGUAACUCAACCAGCUUUCUCACAACCUCACUCUCUUUCUCUGUACUUCGAUCCCAGCAUCUGACACACCUGCCAGAGAACCUCUGCCGGUAUGAUGGGAUUUUCAAUCUCUCCUCUACAGACUCCGACUCGAUUGUUGUGGACUACAAGCUUCUUCCGCCAUAAGCUCAUGAUCAGAUUCUAGAAGAGGAAAGAAAGAAAGAAAGAGAGAGAGAGAGAUAGAGAGGGAGGGAGGGGGUUUUGCUUCUUUUUUUUCUUUUUUCUUUUUUUUGGCCGGAAAACCUCGCCGGAUAAUAAUUCCGAUCUGACACACGCGAAUGGAUUCCCGGCGUCUCGUCUUCGAUGCGUCCUGCCACGGGAACAUGCUGUUCAUGGGGAAUGGAGAUCCUCUUUUCCGAGGCCCCAGAUUGAACAUGGAGGAGAGCUUGAAGAGGCGUCCUUUUUUUAGCUCUCCUGAUGAGUUGGAAGAAGAAUACUAUGAUGAAUACGAACACAUGCCUGAGAAGAAACGGCGCCUCACACCUGAACAGGUUCACCUGUUGGAGAAGAGCUUUGAGGCCGAAAACAAGCUCGAGCCAGAGCGAAAGACCCAGCUAGCAAAGAAGUUAGGGCUACAGCCGAGACAGGUUGCGGUCUGGUUCCAGAACCGUCGAGCCCGGUGGAAGACAAAACAGCUCGAGAGGGAUUAUGAACUCCUCAAGUCUUCUUACGACUCCCUUGCAGUCGAUUACGAAAACAUCUCCAAGGAGAAUGAGAAGCUCAAAUCUGAGGCGAUCUCAUUAACUGAGAGGCUGCAGGCCAAGGAGGUGGUGGUCCCCAAAGAGGACCUCCUACCGGUGACUGCAAUGGCCGCUGAAAUUGCCGCCCGUGGCGGAGUGAAGGCCGAGGACAGCGGCGGGAGCGCGGUGGUAGAUGAGGAGAGCCCACAGCUCGUCGACAGCGGCGAUUCAUGCUUCUCCGAUGACUAUCGACGAGGUUGCAUGGGGCCCAUAAAUGGUGUUCAAUCUGAAGAGGACGAUGGAAGCGAUGACAGGAAAAGCUAUUUUGACGACUUUGCGGCUGCAGAUCAUACGCAGCACGAUGACGGCGGGCAGCUGGGAUGGUGGGUCUGGUCUUCUUGAUUUUCAUUAUCUUUAGUUUGCCCCUCUUCUUCUUCAUGUUGUUUGUUGUCUGUGUAAUAAUCUCAUAUUAUGUAGUUAAGACUCUCUAUAUGCAUAAUUGUAAUGAAAGAAAUAAAUAAGAACUUACAUGUUUUAUCCA